GUAACUUGUACGAUUGGUUAAUAAAUUUUAAUAAGUUGGACUUUUUUUGUCAAUAAAGUCUCUACCGAUUGGCAAAGAGAUUAAAGAGACACGAAAUAUUCUAGAUCUAUUUAAAAUGAUAGCAUAUGGCAUGUUCGUUUUGCCAUUUUUACCACCAUACACUCUACUUGGCCAAAUUCAACGUAAGCGAUUUGCUGCUCCUCCAUAGGAUCUAAACGGUGGAUCACUAUUGAUGCUUUCUUUGUGAAGCCAUAAAAUCAAGCACAAAUGUUCUUUCAACCCGAUGUGGCAAUUCACGUCCUACUGGAAACGUCUAGAUCUUUGAAUGGCUUUCAUAUGACUUUUGAGUAAAAUCGUUAUUACCUUCACCCUUCUUCGAAAGCAAUGUUCGAACUAGCAUAUUUAAUGUUUUGUGAAAUGUAUGUGAUCUUAGGAUGUCACAUCGAGCAGGCGAUGCUAACCAGGUUAGGUUGAUAUCGCGCCAAAUCAUAUAGUUGGUAUCUAUCCGAUCAUGUUGUUGAUAUCGUGUCUUACAACAGGUCAUGCAACAUACUCAAAGUGAAUCGGUUUUGUAUUACCAUAACUAUGUGGUUCAUUCAAUGGUGUGCUCAAACUUUCACGGUGAAAUUAUUCCUAGCCUUAAAAGCCUCUUUGUUCAUCCGACGAAUCGACCUACAAAUGUUUUAACCCCACAAAGUCAAGUCCCCAACGACUACUUAAGUGCUCGCACUAGUGGACGAGAAAAGUCUAAAAUUUACAAAAAGAAAGCCUGGCAGAUAAGAAAGGGAACCUUCCCACGUAGUUUUCUUUUCCCCUCACGAUUAAAAUUAAAGUAUUACUCUGAUUAAUUUCUGUAUCCGCCAAAGUCUUCAUAUUAAGCUCCAAUUAGGCAACUAAGCCCUCAAUUAACUCCAAAACCCGAGGUCUUUAGGCAAUAAAUUAAUUGCCACUUCCACUUUCUUAAAAAAUGAUUCAGGUAACGACCCCAGAUUAAUUUCCAUAAUACCGUUGACUGUUCACUCCUUUUUCCCAUUACCCACCACUUUCUUCCCCAUCUCCGCGUCUAUAUAUAUAAACUCCGCCAUGGCUGCCUGCCUCAGAAAUUAAGAGAUAAGCCAAGUCCAACAUAGCAGGCAGACUGCUUCCCCUCUCUCCCCAAUUUCGCAACUUUCUACUUUUCUUCCUUCUAGCUUCUUUUGCCCUUCCCGGGGAACUUGGUCUCUGAGUUCCGGCGCCGACGAAGCAAAAUAAAACAGAGCAAUCUGAAUCUUCCCAUAAAUUCGGAAUCUUCUCCUAGGAGAGGGAAAACAGAGCAAAAAGCAAUCUGAAAUUCAGAUUCCAGAGAUACCCAGAUUCAAGAUAUGAGCAAAGAAGACCACCGUCUCCCGAUGGAGACGGAGCUCGUCGGAGCUGACAGGGUGCCCAACAGCGGGCCGUUGAGCGGCCCGUUAAGCGGGCCUCUGAACAAGAGAGGCGGCACCGCCGGAGGAAAAAAGAGCGCCAGAUUCAACUUACCGGAGACGAGCUCUGUUUCUUCCUCUGCUUCUUCAGCUCGGGACAGCAACAACGACUACGUCGAGAUCACGCUCGACGUCAGGGACGAUUCCGUUGCCGUCCACAGCGUCAAGCCGGCGAACGGCGCCGAGGAGGAUCCGGAGAUGACCCUUCUAGCAAAAGGCCUGGAGAAGCGAACGGCUUCCAAUUUAGGUUCGUCGGUGGUGAGGAAUGCUUCGGCCAGAAUCCGUCAGGUCUCGCAGGAGCUGAGGCGGCUGACCUCGAUCAACAGGCGGCCCGCGGGCAGGCUCGAGAGGACGAAAUCGGCGGCGGCGCACGCUCUCAAGGGGCUCAAGUUCAUCAGCAAGGCCGACGGCAGCUCCGGGUGGCUCGCCGUCGAGAGGAGGUUCGAUGAGAUCACUGCCUCCACCGCCGACGGGAUGCUCCCCCGUGCUCGGUUCGGGGAAUGCAUAGGUAUGAAGGAUUCCAAGGAAUUCGCCCUGGAGCUGUACGAUACUCUGGCGAGGAAGAGGAACAUUCGUGGGGAUUCGAUCAGCAAGUUCGAGUUGAAGGAUUUCUGGGAUCAGAUUUCGGAUCAGAGCUUUGAUUCCAGGCUCCAGACUUUCUUUGACAUGGUUGAUAAAGAUGCAGAUGGCAGAAUUACUGAGGAAGAAGUCAAGGAGAUCAUCACCCUUAGUGCUUCUGCAAACAAGCUCUCGAACAUCCAGAAGCAAGCAGAGGAGUAUGCAGCUCUGAUCAUGGAAGAACUCGAUCCAGAGCACCAUGGAUACAUCAUGAUAGAGAGCCUGGAAAUGCUUCUGCUGCAAGGACCAAACCAGUCAGUGAGAUUAGGAGAAAGCAAGAAUCUGAGCAAGAUGUUGAGCCGGCAGCUGAGGUCGACAUUGGACGAGAACCCAAUCAAGAGAAGGCUGAGAGAAGCAAAAUACUUUCUGCUCGAUAAUUGGCAGAGAGUUUGGGUGCUGGCUCUGUGGAUUGGGGUCAUGGCAGGGCUAUUUGCUUACAAGUACGUGCAGUAUCGCAACAGAGCCGCGUACGAGGUCAUGGGCGUGUGCGUGUGCAUGGCCAAAGGUGCAGCUGAAACGCUGAAACUGAACAUGGCUAUCAUCUUGCUCCCCGUAUGCCGAAACACCAUCACCUGGCUCCGCAACAAGACCAAGCUAGGUGUCGCGGUUCCUUUCGACGACAACCUCAACUUCCACAAGGUGAUAGCAGUGGCAAUCACGAUUGGAGUGGGAAUUCACGCCAUAUCCCAUCUGGCUUGCGACUUCCCGAAGCUUCUGCAAGCGAGCGACGAGAAGUGGGAGCUGAUGCAGCCGUUUUUCGGGGACCAACCGUCGAGCUACUGGCAUUUCGUGAAGUCGGUGGAAGGGAUAACGGGGAUCGUGAUGGUCGUCCUCAUGGCCAUAGCUUUCACACUUGCCACUCCUUGGUUCAGGAGGAACAAGCUCAACUUGCCACCGUUCCUGAAGAAACUCACAGGGUUCAAUGCAUUUUGGUACUCCCACCAUCUGUUCGUCAUUGUCUACGGGCUGCUUCUAACCCAUGGUCACUUCCUCUACCUCACCAAGGAUUUCUGGAAGAAGACUACCUGGAUGUACGUGGCUGUUCCAGUCGCGCUUUAUGCGAGCGAGAGGCUGACUAGGGCACUUAGGUCCAGCAUUAAGGCUGUUACAAUCAAGAAGGUGGCCAUUUAUCCUGGAAACGUCUUGGCGCUUCACAUGUCGAAGCCGAAUGGGUUCAGAUACAAGAGUGGGCAGUAUAUGUUUGUGAAUUGUGCUGCUGUGUCUCCAUUUGAAUGGCAUCCAUUCUCCAUCACUUCAGCUCCUGGAGACGACCAUCUGAGCGUCCACAUCAGAACGCUGGGCGAUUGGACGAGGCAGCUCCGAACUGUGUUCCAAGAGGUGUGUCAACCACCUGCAACAGGGAAGAGUGGACUCCUUAGAGCAGAUGAAUUCCAAGGAAACAACAACCCUGACUUCCCGAGGAUCUUGAUCGACGGGCCAUAUGGAGCACCAGCGCAGGACUACAAGCAAUACGAGGUGGUGCUGCUCGUGGGGCUGGGAAUCGGGGCGACCCCAAUGAUCAGCAUCGUGAAGGACAUCGUCAACAACAUGAAGGCCUUGGAAGGGGAAGAUAACAAGGACUUGGAGAACGGAAUGAGGACUCCCAGCCCGCCGCCUGCAGCAAUGGGCGGCGGCUCAAACAGCAAGAGGAAAGAGCAGUUCAGGACGAGGAGGGCCUACUUCUACUGGGUGACGAGGGAGCAAGGCUCCUUCGACUGGUUCAAAGGGGUGAUGAACGAGGUUGCGGAGCUCGACCAGAACCAAGUCAUCGAGCUCCACAACUACUGCACCAGCGUGUACGAGGAAGGGGACGCUCGCUCCGCCCUCAUUGCCAUGCUCCAGUCCCUCCACCAUGCCAAGAAUGGGGUCGAUAUCGUGUCGGGGACACGUGUCAAGUCCCACUUCGCCAAGCCCAACUGGCGGAACGUGUUCAAGCAGGUCGCAGUCCACCAUCCUAAUUCCCGAGUUGGGGUGUUUUAUUGUGGGGCACCAGGAUUGACGAAGGAGCUGCGCAACUUGGCUCUGGAUUUCUCCCACAAGACCAGCACUAAGUUUGAUUUCCACAAAGAGAACUUCUAAGAAUAAACAAAAGUAAACACCAGCCGCCCCAUCCACCCAUACGAGACGACAAGAGAAGGGAAGAAAAGAGAGACGUGAGCAACAUUUCUUUGACUUCUAUCAUUGGGGCUUUUUCUCUCCACUUUCCUUUUUCCUUCUAUGAUUUUCUUUUUUUGAUCUUUGUGAUGUUGAUGAUCAAAGUGUAUUUUAUUCUUUUAUUUAUAUAAACGUAGAUGUUGUAGUUUUAUUCAAUGAUUUAGAAACCUUAUAGUACCGCCCGGUCGGACCGAAAUACCGGAUACUAAACGGUAGGUGGUUUUAGCAAUACGAAAUUGUUGAAUCAUAUGAUUCAGUCACGAUUUUAGUACAAAAUCUCAUACCAUUUUUUUCUGUAUAACUUUCGGUACAAUUUCACACUCAUAGGUGUUACUAUAGAUAGGCUACAGAGAGGGAUGGUGAGAUGAAUGAUUGAGGAGGGUGGGGAGAGGUGCUGGAAAGUUGAACCACCCUAAGUUCCUUGGUAGUUGGUUGCAUUCCAAGAAAGCAAACGGGUGAUG